AUGGGCAUACUGGGCAUCGGAGUGGAUGUUCUCCACGUCCCGCGCAUACUAGAGCUCAUCAAGCGGAGGACAGCAGCACGCCUGGCCGCUAGGAUUCUCAGUGAAACCGACGUGAAGGAAGCAGCGUACAAGGCUCUGUAUCCGGUGGCAAAGCCAGCCUGGAAGGAACUCACUUUCCACGGCCUACAACGCGGAGUAGAUGGCCGCAAACCGACAUUGGAGUUCCAUCCAUCCAUGCCCAGUGGCCAAGUGGGAAAACUUCACGCAUCCGUCAGUCAUGACGGGGAGUAUGUGUUCACUACAGUACUGGUUGAAGAGAGCGGCUGCAAAGCGUAG